CUGCCUAAAAACCUCCACACAGAAGCAAAAUGGCCGAUAGUAAACUAACCGAUCACAGAGCGUCUGACAGUAAUCAAGGGGUUAUGCAUGUUUUGUUUACAGCUUGAGAGCUACAGUCGCGCAAAAAAGGAUACUCGCCUUUCUUCAGUUUUUCUACGAUUAACAUUUCGCCUUUCGGUGAUGUCAUUUCUUAUUCAAUUUAGCCUUGAAAGCCUCGAAGAACUAGCUCGCUAGGCUAGCUACCUUGCUAACCUGCUAGCGGUAGGUCUGCAAGAAUUUUUGCACAGAAGCACUUUAUGUCCUGCGUGAUUCCCGAGACAGGAGAAUCAAGAAGGGGAACAGUAGUUCAUGGAAGACAAGAAAAAGAAGAAAGAAGAUAAAAAGAAAAGGGAAACCUCUCAGAAGGUGCCAGAACAAAAAAUCAAAGUGCCAGAAUCAGCCAAGCCCACCUGUUCCCAGCCACCUGUCACCCCAGGCUCAGUGUCCCCCAGCCCUGGCCCUGUUGCCCCCUCAUCCCCCAGUCCUGGUGCAGCUGGGGGUUCUGCCCAAGUUCCUCCUGGUGGUGGGAACAAUGCAAAGCAGCGGACUGCUGUGGCCAACGGACAGCCCUCCACCUCACCCUCUGGAAGUCAGACCACCCAGCAGCAGCGAUACAUGUCUCGCGAGGUUCCACCAAGAUUUCGCUGCCAGCAGGACCACAAAGUGCUACUGAAGAGGGGCCAGCCACCGCUGUCCUCCAUGCUGCUGGGUGGGGGUGGAGGUGGAGGUGGAGGUGGAGGUGAGGGGGGCUCUGGAGGGGCUGGAGGAGGCAGCGGCUGGGGGGCCGCCCCACCUCUUCCCUCACAGGGAGCAGAUAACCCCAAUGCAAACACAGCUGGAGGCACAGAUUCCAACCUGGGUUCAUCUUCCCCUUCACCACCAAACUCCUCCUCAUCCUCAUUAUGUGUCGCUGCUCCGUCGUCUUCUACUACUACUACUUCAACUUAUGCAAAUUCCACAUGGGGGGCAGGCUCUGGCAGCCAGUCCUCUUCUCAGGGCUGCGGGAAGGUGUUUGUGGAUGGGACUGACCUGGAGGACUGGCCUACCAUUAUAGGGGGGGCCAAAGUGAGUUCCGAUGGGGCUGGAGGAGGGGUGCAGGACUGCCCCGGAAACAACAACAGUAGUGCCUCAUGGAGUGAGAUAAGCAUCCAGCAGAAGGGAGGAGCAGGGAACAUGGACAAUCCUUCCCCCCCUCGUUCUUCUCCUCUAUCCUCCACUUCCUCACUAAACGAAUGUGUUCAGUCAAGUGGUGGUGGUGGUGGUGGCGGCAGUGGUGUAUGGGUCUCUCCCACCUCAUCUCAGGUGGAUGCGGGGCUAGGAUUAGCAGCAUUUUACAAUUCCAAAGUCUCCCAUCUUCUUCCUAGCCCUCAGGAGAGCAGCAGCAGCAGCAGUGUCCCUGGUGCCAAUUUCAACCCUGACAUGAACCCCUCCGCUUGGCCCGCCCUGGUGCAGAGUGGGACAUCAACUUCGGCUGGGGACAGUGCUCCACUACACUCAUCCGUUACUUCAUCUUCCUCAUGUUCCGCCAACACCACCCUCAUCACCACUCACACUUUUUCAUCUGUGAAUCAAACUGAUCUUUAUCAGCAGCACACUGAAACAGCUGCAGGAGCCAGGAGUGGAGAACAGCAGGAGCAGCACUUAGGAAACCCAGGACAGGAGCUGGGUUCAGGCGGGGCGGCACGAGAAGCAGGACCAAAUCUAGAAGGUGGCAGUGAGGGGGAUUGUGGGGCUGCUAGUGAAGGAGAAGGGAGCAGUAAUCUUUCUGGCUCUACGUCUUCCUCCUCUGCCAGCUCUUCUUGGAGAUCCAUACCCCCAGUGUCCACUGACCUCAGUGCAGGGGCCUCACAGGCAGAUGGGUGGGGUGGAGGAGGGAGUGGAGCUCAGGGGCAGGAAGGGAAUGUUUGGGGCUCUAGUACCCCAGGUAACAAGACAGGGUGGGGCAGAGGAAAUGGUGGUGGUUCAACUACCCCAGUGGUAUCUCAGGGACCGUGGGAAGGAAGCAGUUCAGAUGCAGAGUGGGGUGAAACUGCAGGAAGUGCAAGUUCAAGUAAUUUAGCAAUAGCCAGUGGAAGAGGAGAAGAGGGGAGCAGCAUCAGCAGUAGUGCAGGCAGCCUUGGUGUUGUUGGCAGCAGUUUGGAGGAUUCUUCCUCACCAAAGUUUGCAACUAUGACAAAAGCAUGGGACAAUCAGAAAGGGAUGGAUACUGGGGACGGGGCAGUUAUGGAAUGGGGUGGAGGCACCGGAGGUGAAGGACCAUCCUCUAGUGGAGGAGGAUCCAUAGCUGGAAGUGGUGGAGGAGGGAGUGGUAGCGAACAGAAACAAGAGAGUUCCUCAUCUGCGCGCCAACACUCCCAUCAGACCUCCAAUGCUGAAGUGGCCUUACUUAGCUUGCUCAAUCGGCCUGACCUGGACCCCAAGGUUCUGUCAAACACGGGCUGGGGGCAGACCCAGAUUCGACAGAAUGUGGCCUGGGACCUGGACACCACGUCAGGAGUCGGAAACAGAAAUGAAAGAAACACUUCAUCUUCCUCUGCGUUUUCAUCAGCAACCAUGAACACUACCACUAGUCGCAGUCCUAGGUACCCAUCUAACACUGGUUCAGUAACUAAUGAUACAUCUGGUGGCAGCCACGCAACUAGCCUGAACUCUACAGCAAGGGAUGGCUGGGAUGGUGGCACUACAAAGUCCACCUGUGGUCCUCAUAUGCCAAGUAGCACUAUACGGAAGCUGGGAUCACCAGAAGAAGAUCUAGAGGGCAGCCAGGGGAAGGCAGCUGGAGGCUGGGGUGAUCGCCCACCUGAAAGCCAGGGCAAAGCAUGGGGGGCUGAAGAACAACAAUGGGGGGAUCAAAGAGGAGGUAACUGGAGAGACAUAGGAGAACAGGGUAGUGGGUGGACAGAUGGUCCAGAAGAUAAAGGAACAGGGGGGUGGAAAGGAGGUGGAAGAGGGGAGACAAGUGGUUGGGGGGGAGGAGGAGACUGGAGACAGAGAGAUUCUACACCUGGAGGUGGGUGGGGAGAUGGGCGAAGUAGAGGUGGGAGCAACUCUGAUGAGGGAUCUUCCUGGGGUGCAUCGGACGAAGGAGGGUCUCAGCGAGGAGGAUGGGGAGAUGUGGGUGGCGUCAAAGCCCACCCGGACUGGGGGAGUACAAAGCCCCACACAGCAGCAGCACAGAUACCAAACAGCCAAGCGACACCAAUGAAAGCCCCAAAUCAGCAGCAGCACCAAUCACAGGGUCAGCAACCACCAGGAGGUUCCAUACAAGGAGGGUGGAACAGCCGGCCAAAUGUUGGAGGUGGACCUCCACCUUCCAAGAAUCAGAACCAAAGUUCAGGCUGGACCUCUGGCCCGAUUCCCCAAAUCUCCGGAGGUGGCAGUGGUGACACCCUGGAACCCAGCGGCUGGGAAGAGCCCUCCCCUCAGUCCAUCAGCCGCAAAAUGGAAAUUGACGAUGGCACGUCAGCCUGGGGAGACCCGAACCGCUACAACACCAAGAACGUGAACUUGUGGGACAAGAACAGUGCAAUUCCAGGCCAGAGCCACAGUCAGCAGGCCCCACCACCAUCCAUGCAGCAACAACCACCUAGAAGACAACAGGGGAUGCAGUCCAGCAGCACAACUCCUGGCAAUGGCGCCGUGGGUGCAGGCAUGUGGGGAGGAGGUGUACAAACUGUGGAUAAUGGUACUGCAGCUUGGGGUCAGGCUUCAGAUGCAACAUCAGGUUGGGGUGAUCCAGAUGAACCUGGUAAAGCUUCUGGCUGGGGGAAUCCUUCACCCAACCCUGGUAAACCUGGUGCCAAGUCGAUUGAAAGCUGGAUUGGAAAAGGAGACUCUAUUUCAGCUUCCCGUCAUCCCAGCUGGGAUGAGGAAGAAGAUGGUGGUGGUGGAGCCUGGAACAGCACGGGCUCCCAGGGAAGCAGCUCUUCCUUCAACUCUGGAGGCUGGGGUCAGACACAUGGGGGGAAAAGAGGAAACAUGAAGGCUGGAGGAGGGGACAGUUGGAUGAACCCAGUGUCACGCCAGUUUUCAAAUAUGGGCAUUCUGGAUGAUCCAGGUGUCGACAAAAAAAUGGAAGGAGACAAGAGAGGAAUAACUGACUAUAAUGGAGAAAUGCGGAGGGGAGGGAGAGGUGGAGGUGGUUACCGCAUGCCUAGUUCCAAAGAUAUGGGCCCUGUUGACAUGGGGCCCUAUGGUGAAAAGAUGGGUGGCCACGGAGUGUUUGUCAGUGGCGGUGGAGGGAUGUCUCAGCCCCGAGGGAUGCACCAGCCUGGCAUGCAUUCGAUGAACCCCUCCCAGGGGUUACGUGCACAAGUGCCUCAUCAGUUCCUGUCUGCUCAGGUGCCGGGUCCUAUGCUGAAGCAGAUGCCCUCACCUGGUGGAAGUGUGGGUGGUGUAGUUGGAGGAGUAGGAGGUGUUGGUGGUGUUGGAAGUGUCGGAGGGGUUGGUGGAGGCGUGUUCCCUCCCCAGAUUUCCCCACAGCAGCUAGCAAUGCUCAGCAACAUUUACCCCCCCAUGCAGCAGUUCCAUCUGGCUUGUCAGUUCCUGCUACAACAACAACAACAGCAGCAGCAGCAGCAACAGCAGCAACAGUUUCUGCAGAACCAGAGGAAGUUCCCUCAGCCUCAGCCUCUCAGGCAGCAGCCAGACCCACAGCAGCUGGCGAGGAUUAUGGCUAUUCUGCAGCAACAGAGACAGCAUCAGCAGGGUGGAGUUGGAGGAGCAGCACCAGGAGGGAGUUCCAAACUGUCCCCCUCUCACCUGGGAGGAGGCCUAUCCAAACAGGCCAUGGUAGACCCUGUUCCACAUCCUGGAAUUGGGGGAACCUUAUCAGACCUUCACACCAAAACACCAGGGAUGUACUCUGGGCUUACUCCUGGAAGUAACCUGUCAGGACUGGAGCUCGGGCCCAUGAUGGGAGGGAUGAAGGAUCUAGGAGGACAGCAGUCCCGCUUUAAAUGGAUGAUGGAGGGACACUCUCCAGCUCCCUCUCCCCCCGACUCAACCAUUCACAAGAACGGCCCUUUACCCAGUGCUGUAAAGGUUAGAGGAGGGUCUCCUUACUCCCAGUAUGAAAUGCUGGGCAGUGAUGGUUUGGGGAUUCCCCCUCAGGGCUCUACAGACAGCUGGCACCGGACCCCUGGUAGUAAAAUGGGGAACAAAUCUGCCACAUCAAGCUGGCCUCCAGAAUUCCAGCCCGGUGUGCCCUGGAAGGGCAUACAGAACAGUGGAGACCCAGAGUCUGAUCCUUAUAUGACCCCUGGUAGUGUCCUUGGCUCCCCAGGAUCCCCAAGCCUCAACGACUCUGACCACCAGUUACUGCGAGACAACAUAGGGCCAAAUCCUUCUCUCAACACCUCGCUGCCUUCACCUGGUGCCUGGCCCUACAGUGCCUCAGAAAGCCCCCUCAGCAAUGCACACAGCACAGGAAAGUACUCUGAUUACAAGCCCAGCUGGCCUCCAGAGCCCAUUGGACAGAACAAGUUGUGGAAGACCAGUCGCAACAGCUCCCAGCUGCCACGCCCCCCUCCUGGCCUAACCAAUCAGAAGCAAGCCUCACCCUCGCCAUGGGGUACUGGUGGCCCUCGGUUGGCCCGGAGCUGGGGAGGGGGUGGGAUUAAUCAAGAGUCAAGAUUUGGGCAAGGCUCAGCUUGGAGUGAUGGUGCGGCCUCCAGAGGCAGCUGUUGGUUGCUGUUAAGCAACCUGACCCCUCAGAUUGAUGGCUCCACGCUGAGGACCAUCUGUAUGCAGCAUGGCCCCCUGCUGACCUUCCACCUUGGCCUGACCCAGGGCACCGCUCUGAUUCGUUACAGCACCCGGCAGGAAGCAGCCAAGGCCCAGGGUGCACUGCACAUGUGUGUCCUGGGCAACACCACGAUCCUGGCGGAGUUUGUGAGCGAAGAAGAAGUUGCUCGCUAUGUUGCACAUUCCCAGGCCGGAGGGGCAGAGGGAGCCAGCUCAGGAGGGGCAGCGGCCGGUGGGGCACAGGGUUCAUCCGGAACAGGCACAACUGUGGUGGCCAGCAGUGGAGGAAGUUCUCCGGGGAGCGAGCGGGCAGCUGUGGGGGCAACUUCGGGUGGAAACGGAAAUGGCAGUGGAGGAGAGAGUGGAGCAGCGGUUCUAGCUGGAGUUAGGUCCUCUGGCUCUGGCUGGCAGAGUCUUGAUGGUACAGGUAGUUCUUCAGAGACCUCCUCAGCCCAAGGACCCGGGCUGGGGAUAUUUUCCCAGUGGAGCACCAACGGGGCUGGGGAGGGAGGAGGUGUUGGGGGAGUAGAGUCUGGGAGGUCUGGGCUUUGGGGAGGCAUGACUGCAGGAUACCCCAGCAGCAGCCUGUGGGGGGCACCGCAGAUGGAGGAAAGGCACCAAAUGGACAGCCCUGCUGGAUUGUUGCCCGGCGACCUGCUGGGGGGAGGAACCGAUUCCAUCUGAGGAUUUUCCCCCUGCUUCCAUUUGUACGUGUAGGUUUGGACACACUGAUACAGCAUACACUGGGAUUCAUAUGUACUUACUAUGGCACACGCGCGCACACACACACACACACACACACACACGCAUUACAUGGUAUGCAUAUAAAUGUACUACACAUAUACACACGUGUGCAUACGUAUACGUAGUAUGCAUAUUUAUGUGCACACACAAAGCAGAAAUGUGAGACAUGCUUACACACAUUCUCGUGGCCAGACUUAAGCUAUUAUAUAAAACAAAUGCAGGGACUGUUAGAUGUGUAUACAGCCUUUUUUCCACAGAUGAAGAUUUCAACUGCUUAGACUUGAAUCCUGAAAAAAAAAGAAUGAAAAGUCAGUUGGUCUGAAAGACUUGACUGGAUUGCAAUGUGCUUAGUAAAUAGGUGACUUUUCAGCAGAUUUACAUACACAUGCACACACCAAAUACAGAGAAGCCUUCAGACAGAUAGGCACUGUAAACAGCAUUACCUUCAUCGUAAAAGAGAACUUAAAACUACUACAUGAUGUGAGGUUUAAAGUGCAGUUUGUAUUCACAUCCCCUUAAAGAUGGAGAUCGAAUCCAAACACAUGCAAACAGCUCUGAUUGACAGCAGAACUGUAUCUUACUGUGUAUGUUAAGUUUGUUUUCUGUUUUGUUUUUGUUUGUAUGGUUUUAAUUUUUAAACAGUGAAAAUACUGAAAAAUGUCAUUGUUCUGUUUUCAAAAUGCUGACCUCCUACUGUUGUAUCUCACGCACUCUUUUUCUCUGUUAUUCUCUCUUGAACAUGGUUGUUACUGUUGCAGUGAUAAAUGUUAAAUUGCAGGCAGUUUGAGGCUAUGAUGCAUUUCUCCAUGUGUUGAUACUGUGUGCACGCGUAGUGUCGUACACACUGAGCGUGAGUGAGACUGAGACCAAGUAAGUGGAUUAACCACCGCAGUUGUCAUGCGUGAGUGUGCGCGCGAGCGUGUGCGUGAAUGUGAGGAUGAUGUGUGUGCAUGUUAAUGCCUGUCAUAAUGUGGGCAAGGCUGCUUACUUAUACAGAAGGUCUAUACAAAAAUGUUUUUGAGUGCAUUCAGUAUACUGCUGACUGUGUGUUAAGAAAUAUUCGCACUAAUGCUUUUCUCUCUCAUUUGAAGUUGUUUUGUUUUUUUUUUGUUUUUUAAAGCAGACUUGUCUUUUUUUAUUGUCCGACCUGCAAUAAUAAAAAAGAACAUUUUAAUGACACAAAGAGCUGAAGGCAUACGCGUCGAGGAAAAUAAAAAAACGGACAUGCCAAAAUCUUAUCAAACUGUGUGGAGCGGGAGGGAGGGGUGGGAUGGGUUGUUUACAGAUGCAGAGUAAGCGUUACCGUACGUUUUUAAUGUUCUGUUGUUGUGUAUUCGUUUUAAAUUAAGACAGGCUUUAACACUCCUGUUCAGUGUUUUCGUUUUGAGAUUUUACAAAUAAAAAAAAAAAUUUAUUUAAACAAAAUGAGAACAAGAUUAAUAAAGAUGAAAGUAUUGGCUUCUAAA